AUGUCUCUUCGUAACCGCCUUGGGACUGGAAUCCCUUCAAUUAUCCUACUCGCCGGGACAAUAGUCCUACUAUUCUUAUUGAUUAUUGCCGGCGCAUACGAUAGACGCCCGUUGAACCAAAUAUUCUGGCUUCAAGCUGAUACUCGUGGUAUACCGAACGCUCCAGACGGGAUAUGCCACUGGACUUUGUAUAACUUCUGCGAUGAACGUGAUGGCAAGAACUUCAACUGCCGAAACAACAAUGCCGCAAACCCCUUCCUCCCCCAACGCAACUUCAACACAAGAACAAACAUUCCAGGGGACUUCCUGGAUAACCCAGAUCGCUACUUCUACCUAAGUCGAUUCCUAUACUCUUUCUAUAUUAUCGAUUUAGGGUUUGCUUUAAUGGCAUUGCUGGCGGGGCUGCUGGCACUUUGCUCAAGGAUAGGAGCGUUGGCGGCGGCAGCAUUAUCUUGCUUGACGUUAUUCUUUAUGACAUUCUCAGCUACUAUCAUGACUGCUUGCUUUGUUUUGGGGCAACGUGCAUUUAGGCGUGCAGGAAGAAAGGCACGUGUAGGUGUCAAAGCCUUUGCAUUCACAUGGACAUGUGUAGCUCUCCUUGGCCUGGCAACACUAGGUUUUCUCCUGGCCUACCUUGCCAGCCGUAAUAAGAACCAAUACCGAGACAACACUCCCCGAACCUCCAGAUUUGCAGGUAUGCGUCGUCGUAGGACCGAUGAUAGAUAUACAGAGAAGGCUGGAGUGGAUGGAUACUAUCCGGAGAGAUCGGACAGUCAGAGAAGACUUAACCCUAAUCUUGCCAAUCAAGAUGUACAGCUUAAUGCUCCUGCUUUGUCGGUUCCUGCUGGUGGGUACAGUGAUGGCGCGUACCGUAAUGAGAUUUAA